UGUUUUCAAGUUUCAUGUCUUCUUCGCCCUGUCUGUUGUUACCGUUGUGUGUCAUCGCUGUUUGAAGGCCUGGUGUUCGGGCCUUCUUUCGACAGAGCUCAUCCCUAACUCCCCCUUAUGAACGAAUGUGAUGCAGAUCGUGUUCAGUAGUCAGCCACUAGUACCAUUCAGCGUCCACCCAUGAUCAUAUUUUCAACAAAGAGGGUUGGUUGUGGAUGGACUAGCGGGAGACUGUAUGCGGCCUGUUUAUGGAGCUGUCGGUGUGUAAGAACGAGGAUGGUGGGACUGGGACCAGUGCCAGUAGUGACUUUAUCAGUGAGUCAUGUCUGAUUCGUGGGCAGAGCAAUGGGUUGGAGUUCCGCAUGGUUCAAUCCAACAAGGGCAAGCAGAGCCUGGUGCGCAAUGGCUUCAUGUACCGGCUAGACCACAUGGGCAAGGACCGCAUCUCAUGGCGCUGCUCCACACGCAUGUGUACAGCGCAGGUCAAAACGGAUGCGACAGUGGAGACCAUCGUCCAGGACAACGAGAAGCCGCACACGCACGAGGCAGAUGCCGACAAACUGGAGAGACAGCUGCUGCGGGCUGCCUGUAAACGCAAGGCCGUGACGGAGAUUGGCAAGCGCCUGCAGGACAUAAUCACAGAAGAGAUGAGGCGGCUGGGCAGCGCAGGUAUGUCGUCAAAAGAUACCAAGUUCCUUCAGCUGGCAAUGUACCGGGAAAGGAGGAAGGCUUUUCCUGAUCGAGCCACUAGGCACAGUUUAGCGGGCAGAAGAGAGAAGAAGGAGCGUAAACACCACUCGGAGCUGUCCUCCAAGUCGAGGAUAGCAGCACCAGACAAUACCCUGCCCUCUCACAUUCCUAAUAAUCCUAAUCCUGAAGACCCCACAGUUCCCGUCUUCUUUCAACCACCAUUUGACGGCCACUUCGACCUUCUAGGAGUUGAACCAGACACUCAUGCUUUUGACAACCAGCACCUCCCCACCCACCAUCAGCCCUUUCAGCAAAUGCACCAGCAGAAUACUCCUGACCUGGCGCAGUUGUCAGGUGCUCAGCCGCAGCAGCAGCAGCGCUUGGCUCAUCCUCAUCAGCAGCAGCAACAACAGCCAUCACAUCAGCAGGAGCACUUCCAGACACAUCACCAGCAGUUUCAGCCGCUCAAACAUCUCAUCCCCCACCAACACAUGCUGCAGGGACUGUCUCCGGCAGCUCUCCACAGCCCACAGAUGGCCGCUCCGCUGGUGGUGGCUUCUUCCAGCAAAGACGGAUUUGCUGAUUCGCAGUUCCGAUUUUGUGCUCGAGACAGAAUAUGCUAUGCUGACAUUCAGAGACUUGAAAAGAUGCUAAAUGACAAAGUUUCUACCCUGGCAUACAGGAGAGCCUUGCAGGAAAACAGAUCUCGAUUACAGGGUUCAACUGUCUUAGAUGUUGGAGCAGGAACUGGAGUUCUUAGCCAUUUCGCGAUGCAGGCUGGUGCAAGCAAAGUUUAUGCUGUGGAAGCCAGCAGUCUUGCUUUGUAUGCUGAGAAAAUUGUCAAGGAAAAUGCAGCUGGCUCUGUGAUCAAUGUGAUACAAAAGAAAAUUGAGGAAGUGGAGCUUCCUGCUAAAGUCGAUGCAAUUGUCAGUGGAUGGAUGGGUCCUAAUCUGUUGUAUGAUUCAAUGUUGCCCUCUGUGAUAAAAGGUAGAGACAAGUUUCUCAAGCAGGAUGGAGAGUUGUUUCCAUGUUCAGCGUCUCUGUUCUUAGCCCCUGUUACAGAUGAAGAAUUCCAUGAAAGAUUGAAAAGUUGGAAACAAAUGAAAACUGUGUAUGGUGUGUCUAUGGAGAGUUUGGUGCCCUUGACCAAAGAUUCUCUUACAGUGAGAGCAGACAGUCGGCAUCUGGAUGUGGAGUCUGUUCUCGCCGGUGCUGUCCGGCUGUGUCAUUUUGACCUGCGUACUGUGACCCUGCAGCAAAUACAUUGCAUUCAGGCAGACUUCAGCUUCAGGUUUUACGGUCAUAACACGAUGCACGGAUUUGCUACUUGGUUCACUGUGGCUUUCCCAGGCUCAGUGUGCAUUGAUACCUCCCCCUUUGCACUAAAAACUCACUGGGGUCAAACUGUGAUGUACUUGAAGUCGUCCAUAGCUGUGAAGCAAGACAUGGAAAUAUCUGGCUCUUUCAGCAUGCAACCGUCAGCAGAGAAUCAUCGGUUUUGGGACAUCGAGAUGGACUUCAAAGUGAACGGAGGGAAGAAGUAUAAGCAGCAGUGGCAGUGUACUGAUGGACUGGUCUCCUAGAGCAGCCAAGUUUGUUGACAACACUCCAACUUCUCUUUGUGAUAUAAUCAAGUGGGCAGCCAAAAUUAGUACAUUUAUUAUGCUUUUGUCUCUGAACUUUUAAAGUCUUGAGCAGUUAUUCCCCCCAGCCCCCCUCGCCUUCAAAUGAACUUUAACCUUUUACCCCUCAAGGUUAUGACCCCAAGAAGUAAGUUUUCAUCCAAAAUCUAAUACUAGUUGCCAUAAUGUAAAAAAAUUAAUUCACUCAUUUGAUGUUUUUGUCCAUUGAUACCAUUGGAAGGUUCAGUUCAGUAACAAAAUCCACUAACUUCACUUCUGUUCAAUUAACAUCCAUAUUUGGCUUUGAAUUUGUGGCUGGCACAAAGGAAUUCUAGAUGUUUGUCGUCUCCUUCCCUCGCUUUAUUCUAUCGGAAUGCUAGAUUCCUGCGAUGUGACGCAUGGUGACAUUCUUUCCACCAGAUCUGAUGCUAUGCUCACCGUUGCAAAUCUGGCAGAAGGCGUUGCUUUCAGUUUUCUCCAUCCAUAUAAGACAGAAGUACAUCGGGUGUACUGCUUGCGAAAACACUGCUGCUGUCUUUUUAUGGCUGAAGCUUGCGCCGCCGGACAGGUUUAAAAAAAAAAAACUUUUAGAAUUCCAGUAAAAUACAACACAAUCUUUAAGAGGGACACCUGAACAACGCAUUUUUCAUUGCUAAUGGAGCAAUAGUGCUCAAACUAACAUGGUAUGUUGUAUAGAAGAUGCAGAUUAAAAUCAGAUGUACAACAUAAGUUAUUUUUUUACGGUUACCAUGGAAAUGGCGGCCAUAUUGGAUUUUGUUUACAUAUUUCAAUUCAAUAUAUAACUCCUGAACUACUUGUCCAAAUGAGAUACCAUUUUGUGUGGUUAUAAAGAAUUGGUAUAGAGUGCAUCAGGGUGACCUAAUUUUUACCAAAAUUUACCUAAAAUGACUUUCUAAAGGCAAUAAUUUCAAAUGAUUUCAUUUAUCAUUAAAAAGUAGGUUGUAAUUUUGUGUGGUAUACAUCUGUGCACACUCAUGCCAAACUAGAGAACAAUAUCUCAAACGGUUUAGGAGUUAUGAUUUGAAUGAUGUUAACAAUAAUGAUUUGAAUGAUGUUAACAUUGUUAAAAACAAGAAACGGAGAAAAACAGCUCCAAAAGUGUUGGUUAGUACAAGCAGCUACAACACCUCACCUACCUCUCUAAAACUGCCCUGCACCAUACGUUACUCCUUCCUAGGCCAGGGCAAGAUCGACGACAAAAAGACUCGAGGCCUCGAUCCCAAAACUGAAAAAAGAUCGAGGAAUCGAGUCCGAUUUUCGAUUUUGGAAGCUGCUUCAAGUGGGCUGUUUAGAGGCCAUGACUUGAACACUGCUAAAAAUAGCUCUUAAGAUCGAGACCUCGAGUCUUGAACACUGCUAAAAAUAGCUCUUAAGAUCGAGACCUCGAGUCUUGAACACUGCUAAAAAUAGCUCUUAAGAUCGAGACCUCGAGUCUCGAGUUUGACAGACGUGGCUGGCUAAUAUAAGCCUGCGCGCGUUCCAAGGCACGUUGGCUUUCACGCAUUUGUGUGUGUGUGUGUAUCGUGUGUGUGUGUAAGUGU